UUGAAAUCACUAGAGACCACUCUAGCCGGUGCUUUAAGGAGAGAGCAGAUGGCCGAAACUUCUAUCAAACAACUUGAAGCUGAAAUCGAGCAGCUUAACCGUCUGGUUCGUCAAAGGGAGGAAGAUAAUAGGUGCAAUAAGAUGAUGGUAAAGUUCAGAGAAGAGAAAAUUCAAAGGAUGGAGUCACUUGUCAAUGGACUAAUACCAGCAGAUAAUUAUUUAUUGGAGGAAAACAGUGCACUUACUGAAGAAAUUCAGUUUCUUCAAGCUAAGGUUGAUAGAAAUCCAGAAGUUACUCGAUUCGCAUGUGAAAACAUUAGGCUUUUGGAACAACUGCGGAGGUAG